UUUGCAAAGAAUCCAUGACAAGGAGCCAUUUUUGGGUGGUUUGAGGAGUGAUUCUGUCAUGAACGGGCUUCUGUUUAUUUUGUCCGUCGCGGGUCUCGCGAAAGCUGCUCCAUCUGAACUGCAUCCUUUGUCUGAUGAAUUCAUCGACUUGAUCAACUCCAAGAAUUCAACAUGGAAGGCUGGACGAAACUUCCAUCCGGCGUAUCCAAUGCAAGUGAUCAAAGGUAUGUUAGGAGUUGCAGAAGGAGCGGAAAAGCAUCUUCCCGAAAAGCGCAACUUCGUUAUGGAAGCAGGUGCUCCGUUGCCUGAGGAGUUUGACUCCAGGGACGCAUGGCCUAAUUGCCCGACCAUUCGUGAAAUCCGUGAUCAGGGCUCUUGUGGGUCCUGUUGGGCCUUCGGUGCUGUUGAAGCCAUGUCAGAUCGUUGGUGCAUUCACUCGGACGGUAAAGAGCACUUCCGGUUUUCCGCGGAAGAUUUGGUGUCUUGCUGUCACCUUUGCGGUUUUGGAUGUAACGGAGGCUUCCCUGGUGCAGCGUGGGGCUACUGGGUUCGUACGGGUAUCGUGAGCGGUGGGAGUUUUGGCUCCAAUCAGGGCUGUAGGCCGUACGAGAUCUCUCCGUGUGAGCAUCACUCCAGUGGCUCUCGUCCGAAUUGCACUGAAGGUGGCUCGACUCCGAAGUGUGCCAAAACUUGUGAGGACAACUACAAAAACUCAUACAAGACUGAUCUGAAACACGAAGAGAUUUAUUUUGGAAAGGUUAGUACGUUAUACCAAUGA